ACCUGGAAUAGAGAGAAAAGAAUGAGGGAACAUCUCCAAAAAGAAAUGUAAAGGGAGAAGGGAAGAUUCCUGAGGGGAGGAUUCCCAGGCCACUGUUUGUUUUGUGCUGUGCCAGUUAUUUUGCUGAGGAUCCCAGUGAGCUCUUGCACAAGUUAAGAUACUGUUCAGCAGACCACCCCAGAACAUCUGCUUGAGCAUUGGCACAGCGGGUCUUGGGGUGGAGGUUCUGUUUGCAUUGAGAUAGCACCCAAUGGGACCACUCUUUGCUCAAAAUAUCUAAGGUUAACCUGGUGCUUGUAGCCAGUUAUUAUCAGAGGAAAGAUUAACGUAAGGGAACAAACACAACUUUCAGUGGAAAAGCCUAGAAAAGAGCUUUGCUGGAGCGGUGCUUAUCUUGCAGGAUCCUUACACAACACUGCUCCCAUUCUGAAAACUUCCAGACUUUCUCUGUGGAUAGCUGUGCUUCCUGCCUACAGCCAUUCUCUGAGACAGAAAAAGCCCAAGGAGGCUCUGCCACAGCAAGCAAACAUUCAGAGGAGACAGCAAGGGAGGAAAUGUGUGGGAGAUUUGUUAGCACAUUUAUUAACACAGCUGGAGACCAUGGUGGAGUAAGGCUUGCAGUGGCAUUUAGUGCAUCCCCAUCAUCCAGUUCAGCAGAGCUUCAUCUGACACCACAUCUUCUUCCCAACCUGUGUAGCUGGAAGGUACCAAGCAGACGCUCAAGAUACGGAAACUUCUGUAUAAGCAGGGGAUGUGCCAUGGCAUAGCAUGACUGCUUUUCACCCCACACGCCAUGCCCUUCCCCAACAGCUCGGACCUCAGCCCAACCUCGUUCAUCUUGGCCAGCAUCCCAGGGCUGGAGACUGCACAUUUCUGGAUGGCGAUCUUUCUGUGCUCCAUGUACAUCUUGGCAGUCACAGGCAACUGUGUGGUGCUGUUCAUCGUGAAGACAGAGCCCAGCCUACACGCUCCCAUGUACUUCUUUCUCUGCAUGCUGGCUGCCAUCGACCUGGCCUUGUCCACUUCCACAGUACCACGUGUCCUCUCCUUCUACUGGUUCAACACCAAGGAGAUCAGCUUUGGUGCUUGCCUUGUCCAGAUGUUCUUCAUCCAUACCCUCUCAGCCAUCGAGUCCACUGUCCUCCUGGCCAUGGCGGUGGACCGCUACGUGGCCAUCUGCCACCCACUGAGGCAUGCUGCCAUCCUCACAAAUGCUGCAACAGCAAAAAUAGGGCUGGUAGCCAUGGCCAGGGGAGUUCUCUUCUUCCUACCUUUGCCUUUGCUCCUCCUGCCCCUUCCAUUCUGCAGCUCCCGGGUGCUGUCACACUCCUUCUGCCUGCACCAGGAUGUGAUGAACCUGGCCUGUGCCAACACCACCCCCAGCAUGGUUUAUGGCCUCACUGCCAUCCUGCUGGUCAUGGGGCUGGAUGCCAUCCUCAUCUGCCUCUCCUAUAUCCUGAUCCUCAAGGCUGUCUUGCAGCUGGCAUUGUGGAAGGAGAGGAUCAAGGUGUUCAGCACCUGCAUUGCCCAUAUCUGCGUGGUCCUGGCCUUCUACGUGCCCCUCAUUGGGCUGUCCGUGGUGCACAGGUUUGGGAAGGAUCUGGCUCCACUGGUCCAUAUCACCAUGGGGAACAUUUACAUCCUGGUGCCUGCUGUGCUUAACCCCAUCAUCUACGGGGUGAGGACCAAAGAGAUACAGAGGAGGAUCCUCAAUUUAAUUCAUAUAUACAACAACAGAAUUUCCCAGUGACUUGUUCUUGGUCACUGUCUCCUGUAUCCUCAUACCAGCUCACCUUGUUUUACACUCAGAGACUUUGGUGCAGGACUGUCCUUUGUUUUUAUGGCACCUAGGACAUGGUAGGAGACUGUGGUGCCUACCACAAGGCAAGAAAUAAACAGCAAUUGCAAACUCUUUCCAGGACUGUUAACCCUCACCAAACGUGGAGAGAAUCUACUGCAAUGAUCUAAAUCCAACCCUGAUCCAUCAGGUAAAGCAAUGGGAAGGAAAAGUGGCUCAGCAAACUGAUAAAGAUGUCUUGACAUUGCACUUCUUUGUUCCCAUCUCACCUCUAACAAUGGCAGAGCUGAGUGAACGCUACAGUGUUUUUUGAAUGAUUCAGUUAAUUCAUGGUUUCUACUUGUGGCACGUUUGUUUUCCAAAAACAAUUUAGCAAAAUUUUUGCCAGAAGCUUUGUUAAAUAUAAUAUCACUCUUUUAAGUAUGUAAGUCCAGGACACAACAUUAUAGAUAGAUAAAUGCACUUCAGAAGUCCUCCACCUCUGUGAUCUUGUCCUGUCCUAUUGGGUCGUCAGUCAGGACAGCUCAGCCACUUUGUAGCAGAUGCUCUGGAAAAAUUUCAGAGCCAGACUUAUUGGUAGCAAUUGUAAAAAUAAUUGCAGUUACUAAUUAUAGCAAAUAAAAUGACAAUGUCUCAAGAGAAGAAAUAAGCAAGUUAUAAAUGUUAGCGAUACUUCCAAGCUGAAGGAAGUGGUAAUUCCAGGUCAAAGGUGUUUUGUACCUUUGAGUUCACACAUGCUUGGAAUUCCUAAGAAGUUACAAAUUAAGUUCAAAAUUUUUGGCUUGCAAGCUUUUUUAAUGCUUCCUAGGUAUUGCCCAUGAAACAGAGUACCUGACAACCUUUCCUCUCUUUAUUCUCACAACUCUUCUACCAGUGGGACACUACCAUAAAAGUCUUAAUACAAUGAAAGCCAAGAAGCUGUAGCGCCAGUGAAGGUCUGAAAGAAAACUGCAUUUGCUGUUACACCAUCACAGAAUCACAGAGUGGUUGAGGUUAGAGGCACCUCUGAAGGUCAUCUUGUCCAAGCCCCCAACUCAAGCAGGGCCAGCUAGAGCCAGCUGUUUGGGACUGUGUCCAGGCAGCUUUUGAAUAUCUCUAAGGAUCUCUAAGGAUGGAGGCACCACUUCAUAUUUUGGAAUAAGAUUAAAGAACCUGGGAAAGGAUGUUUUACAAAGGAUUUGCAAUAAGAUUUUGCAAAGAAGCAUACAGAUUUGAAGAGUAUUCACUUCUAAGUUUUUUUUCCCCAAAUGUUCUUUGUCUUUUUAAAUAUGAAUCUGUUGCUUUAUAAAUAGAAAAAAAGAAGCAAUCUCUUCUUUUUCAUCUUGGUUUUUAAACUCUUACUUUGUUCUUGGUUAUCAUGAAUUGUGGUCUUCAUCCUUGAAGCGGCUGCCAUGCACAAGGACGCGUUUGCUGUUCCCACUGCAAUAACCCACUGGGAUUCCUCCAGUGAGAGGUGCCAGUGGGGUGUGAUCUCUAAUUUGAACACACUAUCUUUCAUUGUGCAAGGAAGUAGUGCACAAAACCUUGCACAGCAGGACCCUUCAGAGAUGACUAGUGACCUCAGGACAUCUCUAAUCCAACCUCCUGCUCAAAGCAGGGGCAGCUCUGCAGUCAGCAAGGUUGCUCAGGGCUUUUUUCAGUUUGGUGUUGAAAGCUUCCAAGGAUGGAUGUUGCAUAACCUCUUUGGGACUCUAUUACAGUUCUUGAUUGUCCUUACUGUGAAAAACCUUAUCUUCAUAUCCAGUUUCAAUUUUUCUAGUUUCAAUUUACGCUUGUUUUCUGUCAUUCUCCUUCUUGCCAUGCCACAUUGCGCAGAGCUUGGCUCCAUCUUGUUGAUAAGGGCAGGAGAAUGCUGGUCUCCUGCCGUUGGGUCUUCCCCAAACCUUUUCUUUUCCAGGCUGAACAAGCCCAUUUUCCUAAGCCUCUCCUCACAGAGCAUUGCUCCAACCCCAGCCACUCUGGGAGCCACCAGCUGUACUUACUCCACUUUGUUGAUGCCUUUUUUUCACUGCAGCCCAAAACCAGAUACGGUACCUUGAUCUGGUUUACCAAGCAUGGAGUAGACUGUUGGAUAAUCCUUUUGGAGCAUGGCAGAUCACUCUGGAAAGAUCAACCCAGAGCCCCAAACAAAAAACAUCAGGAAGAACUGCUAGAGAAGGAGGAAAGAGAAAAACAAAAAAUACAGAACAUGUAAAUCUGCACUGAUUCACACCAUGCAAGUGGAAGUUUGCUUGAUGGUCUAAGAUAUGUAGGGAGAAGUUUCAUUUAGUGUUAGGCCAGUUUGCAUGGGGUUUUCUCCAGCUGGGUCCUAAAAAUCUUCCAAUGAUUAGGCAGCACAACCUCUCUGGGCAACCCUCCUUUGAUUGGCAUGUGCUCCUGUUGCCCCUGUACAUGCUCAUGUAAUAUAAGCAAGUUUAGUUGUGAAAAAGAAAGAAAUUACUUGAGAAAAACAGGGAAAUAUGUGGAAAGCAGGCAAUGAAUAAUGAGUUCCCUCAGGGAGGACAGAAAACAUGUCUGAGUGCUACACUCAAGGGUUCUUGCCUCUUGUCCACUACUUCUAGGUGUGCUAAAACAGGUGUCUCACCUAAGACACAAGCUGUCUUGCAUCAGGGCUUUCAAAUGAUGGCCAUAUGGUGCAGUUUGCUCCAAUCACCAACUAACACUGAGAGUGAAAUAGGUGUCUUUUUCAUUGUCUGUGCCUGUAUUGCUUCAGUCUUCAUGAAACACAUCUUGUUACAACCCUGUCUGCUAAAUUAAAGAACAUUUUAUUUCAAACUAAAUACUUUCAUUUAAGUGAGUUACAAGUAGUUGCCAUCUGGGACUUCCAGGCAAUUUUGCCCUGUCAUUUUUGUCAUAUCGUGUUUUAGUAGAGCUUAGAAGGGUAAAAAAAUUUCAUAAAAGUGAAAACAAUCUGUACCUGCCUAAAGUGAUUUGGGAAGUGCGAAUGAAUUCUUUCAGAGGCACACUGUGGAUCUAAACCCUUUUCAGAUGGCUGUGGCAUUGAGAAAUGUCUCCCACUCAUUCUCCAUAUGUUGCUUAUAUUUUUUCAUUUCAUGCUGAGAGAAAAAUGAAUAAAAAUGAAUGAACCAUCCUGAAAACGCUGUAUUAUAUUUC